GUCCCUUGUAUAGAUACAACUGUAUUGGAGCAAAUUUGCUCAAUGUCUUGACAAUGUAAAUGUUUUGUAACAAAGGCCACAAAAGAACAGCCAACUGUUGCUGAAGAAAUGAAGAAAAACCAGAGGAACCACAUGAAAUCUUAGAAACUCCUUCUCCCUAGCAGAAAUGGUGGGAAUACUUCCUGGCUCUACAGACACUGCUGCUACUUUUUCUGAUAAUAAUAGUGGGAAAAGAAGGAUGAAUACCAGCCACCAAGAUCUCCUAAUUGAGAAACCCAUUAAAUGUGAGCAUUCCCCAAUACCUCUGGACUCAGAUGAUUUACAUAGAUUUGCAAGAGAGGACAUACUCAAAUUUGAGAUCGAGGACAUCUCUGAACAUGAAACAGAUGACACCUCUGAAUUGGAAACUGAUGCACAUGAAGAUGCCUUUAUGACAGAUGGGGUUCACUGCCCAAUCACAUCUUUGCCAAGAAUAAGGAAGAUGCGCUUCUCAGAUGACGAGUUAAAUGUUUUAGUACAAGAGGUACAUGAUAAUGUGAGCCAACUCUUUGGCGAGCUCAGUGUAAAGACGCCUACAGCUGUCAAAAACAAAAUUUGGGAGGGUAUUGUGGCAAAGGUCAAUGCCAUUGGAGUCACCACCCGGACAGUUAGUGAAAUAAAGAAGAGGUGGCAUGAUCUCAGGCGGCGCACCAAGAUGAAGUUAAGUGUCUUUGAACCAUUUGGCCACCAUCUUGAAGCUGUGUCCCCGGUUUUCCAACCCCCUCACCACCAAAGGCUGUUACAGGAGACUAUACAUCCCCAUCAGAUCCAGGGGAUUUCAGAUUUGGACACAAGUAGUGCCAUAUUUACAUCAAAUGCUGCCAUAACAACUACCCAGGACACAGAAGAAUAUAUUGAUGACACUGUGGAGCAGGAGAAGCAAUGCACAGAAGUGACAGAAACAACAAUGCAACAAAGCACAUUUCCAACAUUUCACAGAGAGAUUAGGGGUGACAACCAGCAAUUCUCAGACCAUUUCAAGGCUAGCCAAAUCACCCAACAAAAACUCAUAUCAGAAAUUCGUUUGUUACGCAAUGAGAUGAGCCAAUCCGCACACGGCCUACAGCAAUCAAUUGACAUGCAUUUGUCUCAUAUAGCGUCAUCAAUUGAUAUGCAUUUGGGACAUAUAGCGUCAUCUAUUGAAAAGCAUCUUGGUUUGAUUGCUACAAAUAUGUUAACACUUUCUCACAACAGAGCACCAAAUUCAGAGUCAUUAUCAGGUCCUAGUAAAGACUCCCGUACCCCCUCUGGGAAUCCCUCAGUCCCGAAAUACCCAUGUUGCAGCAGCUCAGAAACAGAAACUUGUGAUGUCUCUGAUCAAAUCAACACACAAGUACCUAAUGCAACCAUACAGUUUACUUUGGACAGGGGGGCUUCUCAAAAAAUAUCAAAGGUGCCUGUUAAAAGAAGAGCACAAUCCUACGAUCCAUCUGAAUUUAUUGAUUCCAGGGACAUUGAAUCAGAAGAAAAUGGGGUCUUCGUACAGAUAAAUGAGGGGCAGAUACAUACUGCAAAUACUGCAAGAGCCUUAAGAUCUAGACCUAGCAGUAGUCUAGAACAAGCCACAGUGAAAAAAAAACUAGCAAAGUAAAAAAAAAAAAUGUUUUUCUUACUUUACACUAUUAUGACCAAUAACAUGACUUCAUCAGUUGGUCUUUUAAUUGUACAGUGCCAGUAGAAACACAGAUGGCUAGUUACUCUGAGGUAUUCUAGGAUUUGUAUUACUCUUAGUUGUUUUAACUACACAGUGUAUAUAUUUCUUGUUCUUGAAUUACAAGUAUUAAAAAGGCUAAUUCAUUA